UUAUUUGUUUUCGGGAACGACAUCGACAUUUAUCACUAAAUGUGGGUUCUCGGAUCGUCCGGUGCAGUGAUGAUGGAUGAGCGCUCGUCUUCCUCGGCGCGUUUUGCCCAGAGCCCGGGACAUCCCGCCAGGGUCCACAGUAUCGAUGCCAUAUUGGGAUUUAAAGAGGACCACAUGUUCAACAAAUCAGCGAUUUACAGCGUGAGAGAGAAGUCCUGCAUGAAUGACACGGCGCGUAACGGGAACGUGAUCGUAGCCCCGAUGACCAAGAAAGAGCAUCAUUCUGAAACUUUUGACAGUAUGUGCUGCACCACCACCUCGGACAGUCCGACCCACAGCCCAGCAGACUCGCCGGGCGGGGACGGCAGACCGGACUCAGAGGACUCGGAGGAGGACCAUCCCAAGAAGAAGCACCGCAGGAACCGGACCACCUUCACCACCUUCCAGCUGCACGAGCUGGAGCGCGCCUUCGACAAGUCCCACUACCCCGACGUGUACAGCCGCGAGGAGCUGGCGCUCAAGGUCAACCUGCCGGAGGUCCGAGUGCAGGUGUGGUUCCAGAACCGACGCGCCAAGUGGCGGCGCCAGGAGAAGCUGGAAGUGAGCGCCAUCCGGCUGCAGGACACCCCCUCGUCCCUGUUCUCCUUCGGCUGCCCCUCCACCAACCCGCUGCACGGCCCAGGGGGUCUGCACCUGGACCCCUGGCUCACCACCCCUAUCACCAGCACCACGGCCGCCUCGUCCCUGCCCGGCCUCCCCGGGUUCAUAGGCGGCUCCCAGGGGCUCUCGGGUGGGGGUUACGCGUCGCCACCGCCUCCCCACUCCAUGGCCUCCUCCAUGCCGGCUACUUUCCUCCACUCGGCGCCCGGGUCAGGGUCCAACCAUCACCAGCUCCCCCAUAUAGGCUCUAUAUGUCCGCCGGCAGCGGCCUACCCCUGCUCGGGCUUCAUGGACAAAAUGGUCCUGGAGGAAUCGGACCCGCGGAACUCCAGCAUUGCGUCCCUCAGGAUGAAGGCCAAGGAACACAUCCAGUCCUUCGGGAAGACGUGGUAA